CGUAAAAUCAGCAAUCAAAGGGGCUUGGUUCAUUAGUGCUCGGGAUGGAGGCAGGAAGGACAUGUGAGAUAGUCACAGAUCUGCAGUGAACGGGGCCACAUCUCUCCAGUCAGUGUGGGAUGACUGAAGCAGAGAAACAGCUCAUUUCCCUGAGAGCCACACAGCGCAGCCGGGCUCUGCCUUCACGGCGCCGCUUCUACUGAAGGACUGCGGAGGAACCAAGGGGAAAGCACAUCAACGGCGACUCUGGGCUACUUAACACGGCGCUGUACUCUUCUGUACCGCUUUACAGAAAUUAACUGCUCGCGAAUCGGGCACCUACACUGGGUCACAGUUGGGGAAAAUACCACUAAAUAUCCAUUAUCUCACUUCGGUUUUUGUGGAUGCACCGAUGAGAGAUCCAGUUUUUACAGGGACUGCAAUGGCUUAUCACCCUUUCCACGCACACCGGCCGACCGACUUCCCCAUGUCCGCCUUCCUAGCGGCCGCGCAGCCUUCCUUCUUCCCAGCGCUCAGCCUGCCUCCCGGGGCGCUCACCAAGCCCAUCCCCGACCACGGCCUGGCCGGGGCGGCGGAGGCUGGGCUCCACUCGGCCCUCAGCCACCAUCAGGCGGCUCAUCUCCGCAGCAUGAAAAGCCUGGAGCCCGAGGAGGAAGUGGACGACGACCCCAAAGUUACACUGGAAGCCAAGGAUCUUUGGGACCAGUUUCAUAAGCUCGGAACGGAGAUGGUUAUUACCAAAUCGGGAAGGCGGAUGUUCCCUCCGUUCAAAGUGCGAAUAAACGGGCUUGAUAAAAAAGCCAAAUACAUCCUGCUGAUGGACAUCGUGGCGGCGGACGACUGCCGCUACAAGUUCCACAACUCCCGCUGGAUGGUGGCGGGCAAGGCCGACCCGGAGAUGCCCAAAAGGAUGUAUAUCCACCCAGACAGCCCGGCCACCGGUGAGCAGUGGAUGGCCAAGCCUGUUGCUUUCCAUAAGCUCAAGCUGACCAACAACAUCUCAGACAAACACGGAUUUACCAUCCUGAACUCCAUGCACAAGUACCAGCCCAGGUUCCACAUAGUGCGGGCCAACGAUAUCCUGAAGCUCCCCUACAGCACCUUCAGGACUUACGUGUUCCCGGAGACCGAGUUCGUGGCUGUGACAGCGUAUCAGAACGACAAGAUAACACAACUAAAGAUUGAUAACAACCCCUUUGCCAAAGGUUUCAGAGACACUGGGAAUGGAAGGAGGGAAAAAAGAAAGCAGCUGACCAUGCCAUCGCUGCGGAUGUAUGAGGACCAAUGCAAGGCAGACCGGGAGGGCGCAGACUCGGAUGCUUCUUCCGGUGAGCCUCCCGCCGUCAGAGACGCUUCCCACUCCCCGAUAGGAGCCGGUACCAGCCCACUUCAGCAGACCCAGUCGAGGGAGAAAAAGAAUUAUUAUGAGAAACCAUGCACUGACAGCGAACAUGAGCUGGAGCAUCCUGACGAGCACUGCACUGGCUCCAACAGCCCAGGACCUGAACCUGUGUCCCCAUACAGCUCCAGGUGUGAGGAGCGAGACAGGCCUAGCUCAGAAAAAAAGGAUGACUCUAUAUUCAGUAUAAGGAACCUUGAGAAAGACAAAGCAGAGAGCAGGCACAGAAAGGACACCAUGGACGCACUGACAAAAGACUCAGAGGGCGGACCUAUUGGUGCCAGUAAGGAUGCCUUCUCCCCUCUCAUGGUCCAGACUGAGAGCCCCUCACACUUCAGCCCAGGACAUUUACAAAGCCUGGCUCUGACUGGCCUGCAUAGUCAGCAGUUCUUUAACCCUCUAAACACCGGAUCACCACUGUUGUUUCACCCUGGGCAGUUUGCCAUGGCCCCUGGAGCCUUCUCUGCCAUGGGCAUGGGGCAUCUAUUGGCCUCUGUAUCUGGUGCAAGUGGUUUGGAAAAUGGCAACCUCUCCGCCCAGGGCACUGGAGGAACCCCCAGCUCCUUCCCCUUCCAUCUGUCCCAGCACAUGCUCACCUCUCAGGGCAUCCCGAUGCCUCCAUUUGGAGGUCUUUUCCCAUACCCCUACACCUACAUGGCAGCAGCUGCAGCAGCAGCCUCAGCCCUCCCCACCACCAGCACCUCCAACCCUCUUUCCAGGAACCCCUUCCUGGGUUCGUCCCGACCUCGGCUCCGCUUCAAUCCUUACCAGCUCCCAGUGUCGCUGCCUCAGAGUUCCAGCCUGCUCACCACCAGCUUGUCCAGGGGACUCAACCCAGGCUCAGAAUCCUCCAAACUGGCCAGCAGGGAGACCAGCCCAGCCCCAGAGCACCACAGCAACCACAAGACAGGAGGAUCAAGUGGGAGGGCUGCAUCUCCCAAAACCUCCAUAAAGGACUCAGUGAAUGAGCUGCAAAGCAUCCAGAGACUAGUGAGUGGCCUGGAGGGCCAAAGGGCGCCUUCCCCGGCUGCAGACUCUCCCAACUGAUAAAGAUUCUCUGUUUGGGAUGAGAUUUUGGCUUGAACACCAGAGGACUCUGACAGCAUAUGUCCUGUACACCACAUUGCAGAGACUGGGAUAAUGUUUGAUUGAUAAGUCUUGGUGAAGCUGAAAGCUGAUAUUUUUGGAACAAAGCUGUAGACUGACCUGAAAGCUGUAGAUUGAACCUUUUUUUAAAUUCACAAGUAUUAAAGGUUUCUCCUAAAACUGUCCUUCUAGAAAGAGUGGGAAGCCUGUCAGACAACAUUUUGAUGAUUAUCAGACAUGAAAACUUUGCCUUGAAUCCCAUGAUUCUAAG